GGGAGAUAGAGAGCGAGAGAGACUAUAUCAGUGACAGGCGUAGGUCUGCAUGUCACUUAAACUGAUAAGGGACAAGUGAGACGUCGGAUGAUGUGCUACCGGGCUGUGCAUCCCUGUGCAUGGCGGAGCUACAAUGAGGAGGAGCCCUGCGUUCUGCGCUUUGUGAACCUGGAGGCUCAUGAGAACCAGAGGGCCCACCACACGCUGGGCCUGGGCUCCCAGGACCUGGUGCUCCGGCGCGGGCAGCCCUUCAGGCUCAUGCUGCUGUUCCAGGGCCGGGCGUGGAGCCCCCGCACCGAGGGCCUCGUCUUCCAGGUCCUCCUGGGCAGUCUAGUGGAGACGGUCCCAGUUCAGUGGUCCAGGAGUUGGUCGCCCGGCCCCGGCUGGUCGGCCCACUGCUCCCCCGGGGACGUGCAUCCCAUGUCAGCCACCAUCCAACUGUGCUCCCCUGCUUCGGCCUCCGUGGGCCUCUACAGGCUGGCGGUGCAGAUCGAGAGUCCAGCGGGCGCCCGGCACUACGUGGUGGGCAGCUUCGUCCUGCUCUGCAACCCCUGGAGCAAAGAGGACUCUGUGUACAUGCCCGUGGAGCCCCUCCUCCAGGAGUACGUCCAGAGCGACUGCGGUCUGGUCUACAUGGGGACCCCCCACAACGUCAGCAGCCGGCCCUGGGCCUUCGGCCAGUACGAGCCCCUGGUGUUGGAGGCGUGUCUGAGCCUGCUCCAGGUGAGUCCUCAGCACCUGCGUAACGAGCAGGUGGACUACGUGAGGCGCUCGGACCCCGUCUACCUGAGCAGGGUGGUCUGUGCCAUGGUGAACUGUAACGACGACCGCGGCGUGCUGCAGGGGAAGUGGGACGGGCGGUACGGUGGGGGCGUGGCGCCCACCGAGUGGAACGGUAGCGCCGAAAUCCUGACCCGCUGGGCCGACUCCGACUUCAGGCCCGUCCGCUACGGCCAGUGCUGGGUGUUCGCCUGCGUCCUCUGCACAGUGAUGCGGGUGCUGGGCGUCCCGUCCCGCGUGGUGACGGUCUUCAACGCUGCCCACGACACCAACGGGAACCUGGUGAUCGAGGAGGUGUUCACCCGGCGGGGGGAGAAGUGCCCGCGGCGCUCCAGGGACAGCGUCUGGAACUUCCAUGUGUGGGUGGAGUGCUGGAUGGAGAGGCCAGACCUGGGCUCCGGGUUCGGGGGCUGGCAGGUGCUGGACCCCACCCCCCAGGAGAGGAGUGCAGGGGAGUUCUGCUGCGGGCCGGCCCCGGUCUGGGCAGUGCGGCGUGCAGCGGUGGGGGUCCCCUACGACACGGCCUUCGUGUUCGCGGCGGUGGACGCCGACGUGGUGCGGGUGAUCCUGGACCGGGACCGGGUCCUCGGGCGGUCGGUGGACCGGACCUCCGUGGGGCGGCUCGUCUGCACCAAGACCCCCGGGGCCGACCGGCCGGAGGACCUCACGCGCCUGUACAAGGGUCCCAACGGGGCCAAGCGAAAUCUCGAUGCUACGGCUAAGUGGGCAAAUGAAACAGGUCUCUCGCCCAGCCUCAGUGUGUCGCUGGCGCUAGAGGAAGUCCCUGCGCUGGGCAGGAGCAUCCGCCUGUGCGUCAGCCUGAGCAACCGCUGCGGUCGCCGUCGGUUACUGCGGUGGCACCUGCACGCGCAGCUGAAGCAGUUUGACAGCAACGCGUGUGCACCCUUCUGGCACGUCCACAAGGAGCUCCACCUGCAGGCCGGGGAAGUGGUGGAUCUCCACCACUCAAUCCUCCCGUCGGACUACGAGUCCUUGCUGACCUGCACGGACAUCGUCAACGCGACGGUGGUCGUCAAGGAUACCAGCACCAAGGAGAGGGUUCUGGCCACCGAGGAGUUCAGCCUCCCCUCCCCCCACAUCUCCUUCCAGGUGCAGGGUGGAGACAGUGUCAAGGUGAAGACCGAGCAUGCGGUCCACGUCUCCUUCACCAACACCCUGACCAUGCCUCUGAGCAAGGCAGUUCUCACACUGGAAGGCUUCGGACUGUUCCAGGCAAAACUCUACUCCAGAGCCGUGUUGCUGGAGCCCCAUCAGAUCAUGAAGCUCGACCUGUCCAUCAUGGCCACCUGUCCCGGCACCAAGCUGCUCGUGGCAACGGUCUCCCACGGCAACGGCCACGCUGUCAUCGCCAGGGAGUUCCACAGGGUUGUGGUCACAGGACCCACACCAGUAGUAAACCAGUUGGACCGGUUUGUUGACCAGUAGUAGCCUCUAGACCAUCCCACCCCUUAAGCCUUUGUGGCCUUGUUAAAAUCGACACGUUCUGUGAUGUCACCCACACAGCUUCUGAUCAGCCAAUCAGAGUGAGGCCCCUUGGAUUAACGUUAAGAGGGGACUCUGUAACGGGAACAGAUCUAAAAAUAUGGAUACGGUUACGAUAAAAUGAAAAAGAUCACUCUUGUGGACUUUCUUCACAUUCUUAUGCAGUUUUUUUUUACAAUUUUGAGUUUUUGAAGGCUCUCUGUUCUAGGUUUAAUUGAAGGUGAUUCGUGAUUUGUGGUGUUCCUAUUAUGUAUAUUUAUUAAAUUCUACAAGAUGUACUGAUACUAAUGACUUUGUAAUUCCGAUGAUGAUAAAAAUGAUAUUGAUAAUCAUCAGCCUGUACACUUUAAGAUUAAACGGCUUCACGAACUGAAAUGGAGAAUAUAUUAUAAACAACAUGAUUUAUUUGUUUUUUAAAUUGUUUUAACGUGACGGUGGCAACGUUUUGGCUAUAGAGUUAAAUCACCACCAGGUGGCAGCAUCGAACCGUAUGUCGGUGUGUUUCUGUGUGUGGUGUGUGGUGUGUGUUGUGUGUUUGUUUUUGACUUAUUUUAUGACCUCCUAAAUUAUUAAACCAGGCAUACUUCGAGAGCAA